AUGGCCAACGCAGACGGCUAUAAUGCGUUCCAUGACGACCUCGAUCCGGACGAGGACGCGUCCAUAAUUUCGACUGCAGGGAUCGAGGCGUUUGGGCGCAAAGUGACGACCACAGCCACACACCUGAUUGGCCCGCUGAGCGACCCGACAGCGAGCCCACACUACCAAAACGCGAUGGGCGAGGUGCAGAAGCAGCUGCGGCGGCCGGCCGUGCAGCGCGGAGUGAUGACGCUGGCGCGCACGGCGCCGACGACGGAAAUGGUGCGGACACGGCUGGCCAACGAACUCCGGUACCGGGCCAUGUCGUAUGUGCCGGAGGAGAUGCUGCAGAACAUACCGGAACACGACAACACGUAUUCGCUCUUCCAAGGCUUCCAGGCGACCUUUCCGGAGAUGACGGAAGAGGGCAAGAAGCAGCUGAACGGCAGCGCGAACGGCCACGGCCACGGGCACCGACAUCACCGACGGAUCUCGCGGGGGCGCAAGCUGCUGGACGACAAGCCAGGCACACCGGACAACGACAGCGCGCACUCGCUGCACCGGAUGCGCAAGCAGAAGGCGACGAUGCUGCACGAGUUUGAGAUGUUGAGUGUGCGCAAGAACAUGGCGACGAGCGAGAUGCGCGAGAUCGACAUCAAGAUGGGCAAUCUGGCGGGGAUGCGGCAGAUCCUGCUGGACCGGCUGGCGGGCCUGGAGCAGGACGAGUCGACGCUGGAGCACGACCUGAUGGAAGUCGAAAACCGGAUCGACAUUGCGCAGGAGGUGGCAGACGAGGCAGAGAGGGAGGCGCUGCACACGCCGACCAAAUCGGACGUGGACCUAGCCUUGGACAACGACGACGGGGCGAAUGGCAGCAGCAGCGGCGGCGUGAGUGGAUUCAUGACGCAGUCGAUCUACGGCAAGCUGUCAUCAGCCGGAAGCACGCCGUCACGAAUGGGGCACAAGCGAGGCAAGAGCCAGCGCAGCCGAUCACUAGCAGUGGUGCCGGAACACUUCCAGCCGGGGGCAGCGGUGCGGGAGAUGCGGGCACACCAGGAUGCGAUCAACGCGCUAGACUUUGACGCGCCAUUUGGCACGCUGGUGUCGGCCGGGAUGGACGACACGCUGCGGGUGUGGGACCUGAACGCGGGCCGGUGCAUCGGGCUGCUAGAAGGCCAUACGGCGUCGGUGCGGACGCUGCAGGUAGAGGACAACAUCCUGGCGACAGGAUCGGCAGACGCGACGAUCCGGCUGUGGGAUCUGAGCCGGGCGCGCUACGAUCCCCAUGGCAGCCUAUAUCGCCAUGGUGGACCGUUUGGCAGGGGCGGUGGUGGCGGACGAAACAAACAUGGCGGAGUGCACGACGGGGCAGACGACGACGACGGCGACGACGACGACGACAGUGGGAUGGCGUUUGAGAACCCGGAGGACGAGCCGGUGGAGCCGCCGGCUGACAGCAUGGCGGAGUGCCCGCUCUUCACGCUGCAGUCGCACGUGGGCGAGGUGACGGCGCUGCACUUCCGGGGCGACGUGCUGGUGUCGGGAUCGGCCGACAAGACGCUGCGGCAGUGGGACCUGGAAAAGGGGCGGUGCGUGCAGACGCUGGACGUGAUGUGGGCGGCGGCCCAGGCAUCGGCCAGCCUGCACACGGGCGAGGGCACGUGGCGCCAGGCAUCGCGGUCGCUGACUGAGCGCGCCGACUUUGUGGGCGCGCUGCAGGUGUUUGACGCUGCGCUGGCCUGCGGCACGGCCGACGGAAUGGUGCGGCUGUGGGAUCUGCGCAGCGGUCAGGUGCAUCGCAGCCUGGUCGGCCACACAGGACCGGUGACGUGUCUGCAGUUUGACGAUGUGCAUCUGGUGACGGGGAGUGUCGAUCGGAGUAUACGGAUAUGGGACCUCCGAACUGGAGCAAUCUACGACGCCUACGCCUACGACAACCCGGUCACCAGCAUGUCCUUUGACGCCCGACGCAUCGUCAGUGCCGCCGGCGAAGACGUCGCCAAGGUGUACGACAAGAUCGAGGCCCGGCAGUGGGACUGCGGCGCCGGCGUCACGGCGGCCGAGGAAGGCCGCAGCCCAGCCAUUGUCGAGCACACCCGGAUACGCGACGGCUAUCUGGUCGAAGGCCGCCGGGACGGCCGCAUUGGUGUAUGGACAUGUUGA